UUGAGCAGCCCCCUCGGAGGCCGCGAGCCAAUAAAAAAGCGGGCCUCCCGCCGCAAGCCCCUCUUUGUCUCUUCCACCAUUCCCGUUUCUGUCCCCCCCGUUCGACUCUGGCUUUUGGGAAGUGCCGCCAUUGUCACCGAAGCGCCCCAGCGGGAGCGUCUCCGUACGUUUUUUUCUUUCCCUGGGAAUACUGAAGCUUUCAAUUUGAAUCAUGUGCAGUGUAAUGCAAGCGGAGAGAAGAGUGGACAUGUUGAAGAUCCUGAGUAAAACAGCGGAGAGCUUUGAAUGUGAUCACUGCAACUUCAGAGGCUCUGACUAUGCAAAUAUACAGAUACAUAUGGGUUCUAUCCACCCUGAGUUUUGUGAUGAAAUGGAUACUGCUGGAUUGGGGAAACUUAUUUUUUACCAGAAAAGUGCAAAAUUAUUCCAUUGCCACAAAUGUUUUUUUACCAGCAAAAUGUAUAGUAAUGUUUAUAAUCACAUCACAUCACAUCGUACUGGGCCUGAAAAACUGAAUGAAGAGCAGAAAGAUUUGUUAGACGCAGGAUCCCUGAAAAAACCUAUCUGUGUGGAGCCUCCAAAGCCGCCUCUGUCUCCUGAAUCACAAAAGCCCACUAUGUCUCCUGAGUCUCAGAAGCCUACUGCUGCUGAACCCCUCAAGUCUGACAUUGGUUUAUCUCCCAAGAUGCAAAAGCCCUUCCCAGUUGCACCAGUGGAGCAGCAGAAAGUUGCUCCAGUUGUUUGCCCAGAGCCUCAGAAAUCUCCAGCUCUAGAGCCUCCCAAACCCAUCCCAGUACUGGCACCAGAGCCACUGAAACAGAGUCCUUUGUCUCCAGAACCACAGAAACCUGCCCUGACUGAGUCCCCAGAGCCACCAAAGCCUGUCUCAACUGUGUCCCCAGAACCACAAAAAUCUGUCUCAGCUAUAUACACCGAGCCACAGAAACCCCUCCCUGCUGUACAGGCAGAAGUACACAUUGCUGCCGUAGAGUCAGAGAAGUCUACGACACUAGUAUCCUUGGAGCCACAGAAACUAAUUCCGCCUGUAUCCCCAGACCUUCAGAAGUCUGCACUGCCUUCCUCUCCUCCUGUGGCUGUAUCUGAAUCACAGAAAUUUUCUCCAGCUAUGUCUCCCGAGCCCCGCAGGCAUUCUCCAGCUGUGUCUCCUGAGCCCCGCAGGCACUCUCCGGCUGUGUCUCCCGAGCCCCGCAGGCACUCUCCGGCUGUGUCUCCUGAGCCCCGCAGGCACUCUCCAGCUGUGUCUCCCGAGCCCCGCAGGCACUCUCCAGCUGUGUCACCUGAACCAAAGAAACCUGCCACUGCUCUGUCCUCAGAAACUCGCAGGCAUAUUCCUCAGAUGCGUAGACCUACUUCAGCACUUUCCCCUGAGCCAUGGAAGCCAGAAACAACCAUUUCUGCAGAUCCUUGGAGGCCUCCCAAUAUUUCAGAUCCCUGGAGGCCUGCCCCUACUACCUCUCAUGAGCAACAGAAGUCAUCUUUUAAUCUCUCUCCCUGGUCUCCAAAACCUCCCUCAUCUGUAUCGCUUGAAUCCAGAAGGCCUGCUUCAGAGCCCCGAAGGCCAAGCGCUAUGAUGCCCCCAGAGCCUCAGAAGUUUGUGGCAGAGCCUUGGAAAUCUAGCUCCUUACCUGAGACUCAGAAAUCUAGUCUUGCAUCCUCAGAACCUUGGAAACCCAUUUCUUCGGUUUAUCCUGAAGGCUGGAAACCUGUUUUGUCUCCUGAUACCUGGAGGCCAUCACCACCACCACCUCCUCCUCCACCACCUCCCCCCAUGCCAUCUGAACUUAGAAAGGCUGGUCCUCCUAUGUCACCAGAUCUUUGGAAGCCUUCCUUCUUUCCUGAGCAACGCAAACCAGCUCCUUCCAUGUCUCCUGAUCCCUGGAAAUUUUCUUCUGAGCCUCGAAAAUCUCCUUUCUUUCCAGAGACUCAGAAACCUGGUACUUUUGUGUCCCCAGACCUCCAGAAGCGUGCUUUGUUUUCUGAACCCCGAAAACGAGCCCUUUUUCCUGAGCCUAAAAAACCUGUUCCUCCUGUUCCUGCUGAGGUUCAGAAGCGCCCCUUUUUCCAUGAAACUCCUCAUAUGUCAUUUCCCGAAGUGCAGAAACAUGCUCUCUAUUCUGAAUCUCACAGACCUCCCCCUGUUUCUCCUGAAGCCCCAAAACAUGCCUUCUUCACAGAACCCCAGAAACAUAUUCCUGUUUCUCCUGAAAUACAGGAUCAUGUUCCUUUCUCAGAACCUCAGAAACCACCUGCUCUUUCUCAUGAAGUUUUGAAGCCUCCUGUAACUUCAGAAAUCCAGAAACUUGCUACCUUUGCCGAACCCCAGAAGCCGCCUCCGAGUUCCCCUGAGAAGCAAAGGCAGCCUUUCUUCGCAGAGCCUCCGAAACGUUCUCUUUCACCUGAACUCCAGAAACCUCCCCCUCCCCCGGCGUCAUCUGAUCAGAAGCAGCUCUUCGCUUCUGAUGCCCACAACCCCGUGCCUGUUGUGUCCUCUGAAGUCGACAAAGCCACUGUCUCUGAGUUGAGCCAGCCUUCUGCUCCUGCCUUUACAGAAUUGCAGGCAUCUGCUGAAUCUAGCAAUAAAGACUUCUUAACUGAAAAUCCAGAAGAUGAGAAUCCUUUCAGUGGCCUGUUGGCUCCAAAAGAACAGCCUAUGCAAAGCAAGGAACCUGUAGAAGAUGCUUUGUAUACUUGUCCAAAGAAGAAACCCAAGAAAGAAAACCAGGAGACUUCUAACGCAGACUUAAAUAGCAGUGACAGUGGAAACACUGAGAUGGAUACAUCGGAGGUGAAAGAGCAGGAAUCCCUCAGUGAUCAAGAACAGCUUGAUGCAGAAUCAUCUGAUCUCAGUAAAGAGACUAAGACUGAUGCAGCUGCUACAACAACACAGCCUCAGUGUGUGCUGCAGUUUACCGAAGAGAAGGAAGCUUUUAUCUCAGAAGAAGAAAUAGCAAAGUACAUGAAGCGUGGCAAAGGCAAAUACUAUUGCAAAAUUUGUUGCUGCCGAGCUAUGAAAAAGGGUGCGGUGUUGCAUCAUUUGGUUAACAAGCAUAAUGUCCAAAGCCCAUUCAAGUGUGACAUUUGUGGGAAGGCUUUUCUCUUGGAAUCGCACCUCAAAAAUCAUGUUGCUGCUCAUGGGCAGAGUUUGCUUAAAUGCCCACGCUGCAGUUUUGAGUCAAACUUCCCUAGAGGCUUUAAGAAGCAUUUAACCCAUUGUCAAAGCCGUCAUAAUGAAGAGGCCAAUAAGAAACAGCUGGAUACCACUGAGCCACCUAGUCAGAGCUAUCCCAGUGAAGAGGCCAGUAAGAUACCAGUGGAUGGCUCUGAACCAAUGAAUGAAUCGCUUACUGAGACACUUAAUGAAGAAAAUCAGUGAUUUUUGGGUUUAGGAGUAGAGAAGUCUCCAAACAUGUUGCAUUGUACUUUGUGAUGUAGUUGAGCUUAUAUAACAAAGUGAAAAGAAGCUGCUGUUAUUACAUAGAGCUAUGUUAGCAUGUCAUAAUAAAUUCAUUGAUCACGGUCUAAGACAAUUUUAAGCAUGCUUAAGCCAUUGAUUUAAUAAACUCUAGCGUGCUUAACCAUGUAUUAGAUUGUGGCCGUUAUAUUUAGAAAGCAGAAGGAGUGGACAGACUUCAAGCAUUACUAAAUCAAUAAGCUUGUACCACAGUGUCACAAUUCUUAACAAAGAAAAUAUACUCGCUUUACAAAUUUGAAAUGUGAGAAGAUAGAAAAACAGAUGUUUGGCAGAUGUCCUCCAGUUCAGCUGUACAAUUCGUAAUUUUAUUUGCAAAAUAUUUAGUGAGCUCUUUUAUGAAGUAGUUACGGUAACCUGUUUAAAUUUUGCAUGAGAUGGCUGAAAUUGUAAGAAUGUUUAAGUAUUUAUUGGGGGGAAUCCCAGUUUGCUCCUCAGUGAGUUGUUUUCUUAGAUUUUUGAAGUCGCUGUGCUUCUGAUUUUCAUAUUUGAAGCACAAGUUAGUAAGUGUGAAAUAGCUAGAGUGAUGUCAAAUGUGAUACUUAAAUGCAUAUGUGCUGUGUCCUGUAUGCUUCUUUGUAUCAGAGAAAAGUGCAUUUUAAAGACAUUUUUUAUUCUUUUAACAAUAAAACAUUUCAUUUCGGAUUAU